CUACCAUCGCUUUAGUUGCUGCCGUCGUCUGAAUAAAGAGGUGUUCAUUGUUUUUCUGCAUCAUUGGCUGUCGAGUGGUGGAAGUGCUGGUCCGUUUGUCAGCUAAUUCAACAUGGACAUUGAUGAUUUCCUUUAUAAGAGAACUGACGAUUUGUCGUGGCUGGAUGUAAAAUCUCAAAAUUACGAUGAAAAUAUUGUUUGUUACGACAAUAUUAGCUCAUCUGUAUCUUUAAUUGAUACAUCAUUGGACCUUGAUGAAAUUAUGUCUAAUAUUCAAAAAGAACCAAUAUUCCCUGGCUCGCCUAUUUUCUCGGACCAAAAUUCCUUAUGUUUUGCUGAAACCCCGAACACUGUAAAUGAAAACAUAUCACUACGCGAUCAGUUAAUUGCGUUUUCCAAAUGCUGCAAAUGUGAAACCGAAAAUGCCAAUAAUUCUCUUCUAAACGCUUUGUGCUCUGAUGCAAAUGAAACUUUUCUUAAAAGCAAUAUAACGAAUUCAAAUUGUCGUAACAAAAUGUUUACUUCUGCAAGCGUAAAGAAAAACGUAGCAUUAUUGUUUGCCAUGGCGUUUAUAGUAACUCUUAAUGUCGGCAAUUUUCAGUCAUUUCUCAACAAGCCGACUUUAAGGGAAUACAGAAACAUGUUAGACACCGAAGUAAAAGAACCAAAUUUGCACGGUCGGCGACUAUUGUGGGUUGAAUCAGAAAGAGAACAUAACCAAAAACGUUUGCCAUAUACACAUAUAUCAGACGAAACGAGCGUUCCGCCUCUUUAUUUUUUGAAUUCAACAAUAAAAGAAAACAGUUCAAAAAUCUUAUCAAGGUCUAAAAUGUCUCAGGAGCCUCCUCCUUUGGCCUAUCAAAAAGUACCGAUAUGUUCUGGAAGUUGUAAUUCGUCUAAGUCUUCUUUUAACCCAUCGGAAUAUUUUAAGAUAGCCCAACAUUUACAUAACUGGACAAGUGGGACUCUGAACAUAUCAUCAAGUCUCAAUAACAAGAAAUUUGACCCAACAGAUCUUGUACUGUCUAAUGAUUACGUUGAUCCUAAAAUGCACAAUAAACAAAAGAAGCCUAAAAUGUAUUAUGAUAUUGAUAAUGUCACCUCUGAUAUAGAGGAAAAAAACAGUAAACUUACCCACAACAAAAGCAAACGGUUGGACAAAAAGCGCGAACAAAUAAAUUUGAUGCAUGCUAUCAAGCGAAGAGAAGAUUCUUUUUAUGUGCUUUCUUUUAACCUGGAUUACACAGUGCUUCCAGCGCUGAAGUACAAUAACAGUGCACCACCAAAAUUGUCGUUGGUAUUACCUUCAGAAAAUUCUGGUCUGAACGGAGAUAUAAAGUUAAUGCAGGUGGAUUGCGAAGUAUUAAAUACUAAAGAACUCAACGUAAAGGAACAUAUGAUCCCAGCUAGGGUUCGACCAGGUAUCGUUAACGAAUGGAAAUCUUAUACCAAAAAACAUAAAUCUGGAGUAAAUGCCACCCAAAUAAAUACAUUAAGGGACAAAGAUUUAAUGCGACACGAAAAAUCCCGAGUACGUAAUUUUUAUAUGGUGGGCCCGAAAAACCUAGCAGCCGCAGUUGCAUCUAACGAAAAGACACAUUUUGUUCAGUUUAACCCGACUAUGGUUAAUAAUCGUCAAAUGUCUUCGUCUGCAGUGAACGCUCGUCCACGUGAACUGCCGUUUUCUUUUUUAAAAUAAAAAUAUUUUGUACUAAAAACACUCUUAAUAGCUGGGCCGUUUGAAAUAAAAUUCAUCUACUUUAACGGAGAUCUGAUUACAGCUAAGUAGAACUCUGUUCGUUUUUUUCACUUUAAACCAUUUCAUUUUACGAAAAAGAAAGACUUAACGCAUUUUGUAAACAAUUUUUUUUUUUUAAUAAAGUACUGAUGUAAAACAGCCAAAACAAAA